AUGUACAGAGCAAAGAGUCUCUACCAAAUCGCCACACCUUGUCAGCAGCGGCUGAGUCACUCCUCGGCCGCAUCGAGAGUCGGUUAUGAACGUAAGAGGAAGAAAUGGAUGUCGCAGGAGCUCACGGGAGGUGUGUUGGAGCUCACGUGCAACUCAUCAGCGCCUAGCGGAAUCUGCAAUGUCUAUUUUGUUGGAACUGUUCACGAUUGUCCGAAAUCUGGGAGAUUAACUCAGGCUGUGGUGAAAUUCUUCAAGCCAGAGGUUGUUUUCUUGGAGUUGUGCUCUGAGCGCAAAAAUGUUAUAAUGCUUCAACCUAAGAAGAAUCAAGCUAAAGAAUAUGAAUUAUGGGAUGGUACAUCCUGUGGAGAGUUUUACUUGGGAAAUGAGGAAGCAAUGAAAUAUGGAGGCAAGAUUACACUUAUGAGAUAUAUGGGUAAGGCGUCUCUUUUGCAUAUGUUGAGAGGAGAUGAGAACUUUCGUUUGCCAAAAGAUAUCUGCAAGAAGCUCGGGCAUGGAAAGAUUCAUGCUGGCGCGGUGGACAAAUAUAAUGAGUUGGGUGCCAAGCAUGAUCCUAUCAUGGACGAGAUUUUAGUCAAUGAGCGCGAUCAAUAUAUGUCAGCAAAGCUACGAGAAGUUGCAGUCCAGCAUGAGUCCGUGGUUGCUGUCAUCGGAAUGGCCCACGUUGAGCAACUUCUUAGCAUUCCAAAACAGCCAAUAAGAAUGUGGCGUGUUCUUGCAUUUAUGAAAGGAGUUUUAGUCAUAAUCUUGAGGCUCAUACGCAUCAGCAUCAAAAGGCGCAGGGACAAGGUUAAGAAGAUAUAA